GUCAGUCGACCAAUUUGAAUGGCAAGGCCCUAACAAUCACAUUUUGCCGCUUUAUUGUUUAUUUUUUGCAUCCUUUUUAUUGUUAUUCAAACAAUGAAUUUACUACCCAAAACACGCGAAGAAUUCGCGCAGACGGAUUACUGGAACGAGUUCUUUAAAAAGCGGGGUGAAAAGGCCUUCGAGUGGUAUGGCGAAUAUCUGGAGUUGUGCGACCAGAUCCACAAAUAUAUAAAGCCGGUGGACAAAAUUUUGAUGCUGGGAUGUGGUAAUUCUAAACUGAGUAUGGAUAUGUACGACAGCGGGUUCAGGGAAAUCACAAACAUUGAUAUUUCCCCGAUCGCAGUAAAGAAAAUGUUGGAAUUGAAUGCCAAAACCCGUCCAGAUAUGAAGUUCCUGCAAAUGGAUGCCACAGCCAUGACUUUUCCCGAUGAAAGCUUUUCAGUAUCUUUGGAUAAGGGAACAUUGGAUGCUCUGUUUGUGGAUGAUACCCCCGAAACAAAACUAGUGGUUGAAAACUACUUUAAGGAGAUACUAAGGACCAUGCGCAAUGGAGGUCGCUAUGUUGGCAUUUCCUUGCUGCAAGAGCACAUCUUAAAGUUCCUGCUGGAGUUCCUGCCCAAACACAAUUGCAUGCUGAGAAUUGUCCACUGUUCGGGAGUGGAACAGGCUAACAAGGAGAAGAACGCCGAUGAUGCCUUAACACUGCCAGUUUUCGUAGUCGUUGCCACCAAAUUCAAGAGUCUUCCGAUGCCUGUUCUUGAAUUCGGUUUCGGAAACGAUAAGAUGCAGAGAUUUACCGCAGUCUCAGAACUAAAUAAUGCAGUAUCCUCUGUCCAAAAAGCAGCUUUGGUCUGCAACGGUUUGUCCAGAUCCAAUAUAGCUGGUCACAACGAAGUAAUCAUGGAUCUCCACCGACCGUCGGAGCAAACCCCUCGUUAUACGAUCCACAUACUAGACAAGCCGCCGGCAAGAGGUUUGGGCAAAUAUGCUGCGUUUAUUGUUCCUCAGGGAAGAGAGGUGGAGUGGCUUUUUGCCACGCCUGUUGGGCGAAAGAAGCUCCAGGACUCCGCAAACUACCAGCGACUGGCUGUGGUUACCCUCCAUCGUGAUCAGGUUUAUAGUACCUUGGACGAAGUUAAACUAGAGUUGGCCGACAGCAUAAAGAACCUAUCACCAGCUGGACUUAAUGAACAGAUACCUUAUCUUUCUCUUGGAUCCGAUGUGGGCAAAAGAGAGACCCUUAUUUGUGGUUUCUCAAAAAUAUCUGGAGAUUUUCGAAUCGAAGAGGUGGAGGCAAAUGGCAAAACCCUGCGUCGUCUUAUUUUCCUCAGUAAUCAGUUUGUUGUCCAGUCUGAAGCUUUGGUCAAAACAGUUAAAAUUAAAGGCAAAAAGGAACGCAAGAAGAUUGAUUUUGGAUACUUGGCAUGCCAGCAUCAUUUGUACAUGUCCGUUGGUGUCCAAUUAGCCACAACGCUGCAGAAUCCCAAGAAGGAUGUCGAAAAGGAUGUACUGGUUAUUGGCUUGGGAGGCGGUGGCCUUUGCAGCUUUCUUCAUGCUGCGCUGCCUCAAGCUAGAAUUACGGCUGUGGAAAUCGAUCCAAUCAUGUUGGAGGUGGCUGAGCAAUAUUUUGAGCUCAAGCAGGAUAAACGAUUUCAUGUGGUUAUUGAUGAUGGUCUGGAUUUCGUAGAACGCUGCCGCAAUGAAGAUAUACACUUCGAUGCGGUUUUGUUCGAUGUGGACAGCAAAGAUCUCAGUCUGGGCAUGAGUUGCCCGCCCCAAAGUUUCCUAGCCAACAAAAUAUUGCAGGACAUUAAGGCUAUUAUUGGACCCAAAGGACUUUUUAUGCUCAAUCUUGUUUGUCGCGAUGAAAGCCUUCGCACUGAAGCCCUCGACAAUCUGCAAAAAGUUUUCCCGGCUGUGUGCACCUACAAAUUAGACGAAGACAUCAACGAGAUUAUAUACUGUGCCAACGAUGAUAAGUACAAAUCUGUCGAACAGUGGAAGAAGAGUCUGGGCACCGCCGGCCGAGGAUUGAAUAGUGCCGUCAGGGAAACGAAAUUGGCCAGCGAGGAUGCCCUCGAGGUAGCCGAGUUUCUGAGCGAGUUGAAAAUAUAACCCCGAUGUAGUUAUAAAUAUAGCAAAGACAAUUUACGUUUUUAAAUAAAUGUUAAUUGUAUUUAGUUAUAAAUAAAGGCUAAACUAUUAACUAA